AUGCACUUCAAAACUAUCCUCGCUCUCACCGCUCUCGCCCUCACUGCCGGCGUUCACGGCACUGCUAUCCCGGUCGCUCAUUCCGACGACAAAGGCGUUAAAGACUACGACCAUUCCAAGUACGACUAUGGCAAGGACGGCUACGGCAAGGACGGCUAUGGAAAGGACGGCUAUGGCAAGGAUGGUUAUGGCAAGGAUGGUUAUGGGAAGGACGGCAAGGACGGCUAUGGCAAAGACGGCUAUGGGAAGGACGGCAAGGACGGCUACGGCAAAGACGGCUAUGGCAAGGACGGCUAUGGCAAAGACGGCUAUGGCAAGGAUGGUUAUGGGAAGGACGGCUAUGGGAAGGAUGGUUAUGGCAAAGACGGCUAUGGCAAGGAUGGUUAUGGGAAGGACGGCUAUGGCAAGGAUGGUUAUGGGAAGGACGGCUAUGGUAAAGACGGCUAUGGCAAGGAUGGCUAUGGCAAAGACGGCUAUGGCAAGGAUGGUUAUGGGAAGGACGGCUAUGGCAAGGAUGGUUAUGGGAAGGACGGCUAUGGUAAAGACGGCUAUGGCAAGGAUGGCUAUGGCAAGGACGGAUAUGGCAAGGACGGCUACAGCAUCUACGGCUAUGGCAAGGACGGCUAUGGCAAGGGCGGCUAUGGCACUUAUGGCUAUGGCAAGGACGGCUAUGGCACCUACGGCUAUGGCAAGUCGUUCGACUACUACCGCAACUACGACAAGUACGGUUAUGGCCGGUUCGACUAUGGCAAGUACGACUACGGCAGGUACGACUACGGCAGGUACGACCACGGCAAGUACGACAGGUACGACCAUGGCAAGUACGGCAAGUCGGACUACCGCAAGCACGGCUACUAG